AUGUCAAAUGAAUCUUCACGUAAAGUUGUGUACCUUCUGAUUCUGGCAUACAAAAAAGAAAAUUAUAUGUACCAAAAACCAACCUGCAGCUUAGAGAUAAGAAAUUUUCGCCCAACAAUGGCUACCAAAGUUAAAGCCUUAAGAAACGGAAUUUUGCUCUUGAUUUACUCAUGUCUCUGUUUGGAAGGAGGACCUUAUAUUUGCAAGGCACAGGCAACGGACACCGUUCAACCAGGCCAAGUGAUCCAGUACUCGGAUAAGUUACUGGUCUCUGCUGAUGGGAGAUUUCAAUUAGGCUUCUUCAACCUGAGCGAUAAUGAUCCAAAACAAGGCUAUCUAGGAUUAUGGUUAACCAACGACAAUUCCGAAAAACUAUGGGUUGGUAACAGAGAAAGACCUCUAUCAGGAUCUAACGCCAAUCUCACUCUGGAUUCGAACGGCCUUUUGAAGAUCACUCAUGGUGAUGAAGGAGGCGGCGACCCAAUCGUGUUGAACACCGAUCAAACAGCAGCUAAAACCUCUUCCUUGAUUCUGGAGAAUAGUGGGAAUUUGAAGCUGAGAGAAUUGAACCCAAAUGGAACAAUCAAAAGGGUAUUGUGGGAAAGCUUUGAUAACCCAACAAAUUCACUCCUGCCCGGGAUGAGACUCGGAUUCAAUCACAAAACCAGGAAGAAAUGGAUACUCACUUCUUGGUUGAGCGAGGAUGUCCCUGUUCCUGGUGCCUUUUCUCUGGAAUAUAACGAGACAGGAAUCAAUGAUGGUUCUUCUGCAGGAGAAUUGCUAAUGAGACGCAGAGGGAAGCCGUAUUGGAAAAAUGGGACUGCUCUGAUUCUGGAACGUUUGGCGACUACUACAACAGAUAGUGGACGUUACAAUUUUACAAAUGUUUCCAACGAGAAUGAGAGCUACUUGGAGUUUAAUUCAAUUUUGGUCUUGGGGGCACAAGGCGAACUCCAUGAAACAGACAGCCGUAUGGUGCUUAUAACUGACAAUGCAUGUUCUGGGUAUUCCACCAUAUCUGGGUGUGUUCAGGAAAAGCUACCUGCUUGUCGGAAAAGAAAUCAAAAGUUUGAGAGGCUAAUGGGUUCGUAUACAGGAACAGUGUCCGGUUUGAAUUCGUUUAUGGAUUUGAAUUGGAACAUUAGUACUAGCGACUGUUGGGACCGGUGCUGGAAAAAUUGUUCUUGUGUUGGGUUUAGACCAAUGCCCGCCAAUGAAACUGGUUGCCAGUUCUGGAGUCAAGGAUCCCAAUUUGAACCAGAUCCAGCUGGAAAUACACCAGAUAAUUAUGCUUAUGUUUUCAAUUCUAUGAGCAACGAAUCAGGAUUGGAAUGGUGGAUAUGGGUCAUAAUUGCACUGGCUACUCUGCUUGCACUUCUUCUGGGUGUCUUUAUCCAUUUGAGGUGCAAAAGAUACCAAAGGGAGAAGAUAGAAAAGGAGGAAGAAUUAAUGUUAAACCAGUUGACGAUUUCAGACGGGGUUAACAACGCAGAAGAGAUUGUUCAUGAUGGGAAGAAAGGUCAUGAUUUGAAACUACUCAGUUUUCCUGCUAUUAUGGCUGCUACAGAUAACUUUUCCAAUGAAAACAAACUUGGCCAGGGUGGUUUUGGUCCUGUGUUUAAGGGCAAAUUGCCAGAAGGGCAAGAAAUAGCAGUGAAAAGGCUAUCAAGGAGUUCAGGACAGGGACUGGUGGAGUUCAGGAAUGAGCUUAUACUAAUAGCGAAGCUCCAGCAUAUGAAUCUUGUUAGACUAUUGGGCUGUUGUGUAAAAGGAGAUGAAAAGAUGUUGAUCUAUGAAUACAUGCCUAACAAAAGCUUAGACUUCUUUCUCUUUGAUCCAUCAAAAAAGAAGCUACUGGAUUGGAAGACACGCUGCAACAUCAUCGAAGGCACUGCUCAAGGGCUUCUUUACUUGCAUAAAUAUUCAAGAUUGAGAAUAAUUCAUAGAGAUCUGAAAGCAAGUAAUAUCCUUCUUGACAAAGACAUGAAUCCCAAAAUUUCUGAUUUUGGAAUGGCAAGAAUUUUCGGACGAAACGACUCUGAAGCAAAUACAAAUAGAGUCGUAGGCACAUAUGGGUACAUGUCGCCAGAGUAUGCUUUAGAGGGAAAUUUCUCUGAGAAAUCAGAUGUUUACAGCUUCGGAGUGUUAUUAUUAGAGAUUGUGAGCGGACGGAAGACCAGCGGCUUUUACAAUCCAGAGCGCCCCAUGAACUUAGUAGGAUAUGCAUGGGAACUAUGGAAAGAAGAUCAAACUAAGGACCUCAUAGAUUCAAGCCUGGUUGAUGAUUCAUCGAUUGAACCACCCCAAAUUUUAAGAUGCAUUCAUGUGGGUCUGUUGUGCGUACAAGAGAAUGCAGUGGACAGACCAACUAUAUCGGAUGUGAUAACCAUGUUGGCCAACCAAAGUGUUCCUCUUCCAAUCCCAAAACAAGUGGCUGUUCCUGCUCGUUAUCAUCAACGUAUAGAUCCCAAUUCAUCAUCUGGAAGUAAACAGGGAAAUUCUAUCGCGAGUGCACCGAUCACGGAGUUAGAAGGACGAUGAUAGUGACUUUAUCAAACACUUUUAUCAGGCACUGUCAAACUUUUUGCCUGCGUUUGCGUAAUUAGAGAACAUUUUUAUUAGUUUCAUAUCUUCUAAGUUUGGUAAUAUCUUUUAUUCAUUCUUUUUAUGCCUUCACUGAGCUGUGAGGAUAUACGUCAUGUACGUGUGUUGUACCCUGUGAUAUAUAAUUUGGAUUUUCUUUAGAUUUUGAAGACAUAUGGAAUCUGAUUAGAUUUGGAUUCCACUGUUUUAAGUUUAUUAGUUCAGUUCAAUUUAGUAUAAUUAUGUUUUUUUUUUUUUUUUAUUGAAACACAAUUAUAUAUUUAUGUAUUCUAAAUAAAUUUAUCUGAUUAGAUUUGGAUUC